AUGAAUCAUGAUCAUGCAGCUAUGAUGGCUAGUGCAACUCCAACAAUGAACCAUGAUCAUCAUAUGAUGGAUCAUUCAACUAAUACAGGUGCACUUUCGGCUGGUCAUGGAUUUCAUAUGAAAGAUAUGAUGAUGGCAAUGACCUUCCAUGGUGGCUAUAAGGAACAAAUUUUAUUUGAUCAAUGGUAUACACAAACUAGUGGUGCAUUUGUUGCCUCAUGGUUUGCAGUAUUUUUUGUUGCUGUACUAUAUGAAGGGUUAAAAACAUUUCGAGAUGCAUUAGCUAGACGUGAUAUAUGUGAAACAUGUACUUCGACAGAAAAUCGUCAACACGCACUAGUUCGUUUAUUAAGUGUUUCACAUUUAAUUCAAACAUUAUUACAUAUUCUACAAAUGGCAUUAAGUUAUUUACUAAUGCUUGUAGCCAUGACAUUUAAUACGUAUUUAUUUUUUGCCAUUGUACUUGGUGCUGGUUUAGGACAUUUUCUAUUUGGUUGGCGUCGUUCAUCUGUUAUUGAUUAUAAUGAACAUUGCCAUUAA